AAUUUCCACCCCAGAAGCAAGAACCCCAAAGCUGUCUUGCGCGCAGUGCGUUGUAUGAUGCUUCUUGCACGCUGGCAAGUCAGAUCGUAAACUAUUGCGUAAAAAAUUCCAUCUGCGCGCCAUUCCAGCGCCAAACCACAUCGUUCCUUACGUCAAAUUAUAUGUUUUUUUUUUUACUCGAUCUCCUGAAUGCCCACCAGUGCGAACUAUUUCAUACGCUAGGGAACUUCGUGUUUUUGGUAUAAAUGAGCCUGUGUCUUGACGGAUACGAGGCGUGCAUCGUGGUUUAUGGUUCAUCACAUUUAUACAGUUGCUAUCUGUAUAUCCUAUAUACUCUUUAUAUUGAAUCAGUAGAGUCUGAAUAAGAAAUUGACAGCGAGGAGACUAUUUAGCACAAGUAGAGCUGCAUGAUCCGCAAGGGGGUGUCUUCCAUGAGGCACCAGGGGUCACUGAGGCAUCCCCCGGACACCCUGCGCCUCACUCAACCCCCAUACACUCAUUCAAAUGUUGGGAUCAAUUCUUGUAAGCCUAGUGAAAGUUGCGUCUCGAGUGAGCAAGACGAGGACGGUGGAUGCAAGGAGCAAUCAUUGUGGCCUCUGAUCACUCUUCUGUUGCUGCUGGAGACCGCGUUGUCAUUAUUCUCUAGAGUGCAUCUGGCAGCCUACUUGAUAGGAUGUUCAUUAAGAUAUCUCAAUUAACCUGGCACAUGCUACCGUUAUUUCUGAAAUACAACUGAGAAUAUACGUGCAGCUUUUUAACGAAUACCAAAUUCAAUAGUUUUCAUCGCAGUCAAAUAGGUUAUUCGUUGAUAGUUCACUGGAAGGGGAGUGGAUGUACUAAAAUUUUUUUCUUUAGGAAGGACAGCCGUUGUUGUGUUAGUCUUUGUCAACGUGAAAGGAGUCUGCGGACAUCACUCUUCAACUACAGGAUUCUAAGAGGUUAAAUACAGAUCAGACCAGAUAUAUAUUUAAAGCUUACAAAUGUUUGAGCUCAAUUUUGAUCUUACCUAAUACUUUCGUUUGUAUAGCACCUUUUUACUUGUCAGUUCUGUGGGAUUUCUUGUUGGUAGAAGCAUGUUUAGUGGGCGAGUCAUGGAGCUCGCGGUGUCUGGCUGCCGGUCCAGUCCUAUGGUCAGGAUUCUGACACUUUCGUGGGGUCUCCGAUGUAUCGUGGAAGAGUUUCGGCCGGCCGACAUAUCGUGCUUAACUUAUCUCUUAUUCGUCCUGGGCGACGUAAUCCUAUCUCUUAUUCGUCCACCACAUUUCCCUGCACGUGGUGAUGUAAACUGCCACAGUGAUGCAUGCUUCCACUGAUGAUCUCUUGGUAAACUCAACAACUGCUCUGAUCGCCUUUUGACGACAAUGGUGGUUACUGGCGAAAUACUAAUAAUAAUAAUAAUGUUUUCACAUUAAUGAACCUGAAUUAUUCUGAUUUUGUAGAAGUGACUGCUUACAGUGUUACCGCCAUAAACAACUCGCUACAUCAGAAAAGUCAAAGCAAGGAAAAGUUUCACGUGCAAAAAGGAUGGUUAUCUGGACGCCGAACUUCGUGUUGGGGGUGACGAUCCUGCUGGCAUGGGCGCUGUUUUCCCGGGUCGCCUACGUGCUGGCGAGCAUCUGGUUCGGUGGGCCCACCGCCAUACGCAAAGGAUCGUCCAUCAAGACGCUGGUCGUUUUGGGGUCGGGCGGCCACACCAGCGAAAUGCUGAAACUUGUCGCUGGGCUGGACAGAGCUCGUUACCAUCCUCAGGUGUUUGUGAUAGCAAACACAGAUAAACUCAGCAGGGACAGACUUAACGGACUUUCUAAACAAAAUAUUACUAGUAAUGAAACUCCACCAAGCAUGGCUAAGAACCAGGGAUUAGCUGGGAACGGAGGCUACGAGCUGCGGUCUAGAAAGAAAUUCGCCAAUGAAGCGAGUGAUUUGGAUAAGCAGAGGCCGAAAAGAGAACAAGCCGAGACGGAAGCCAUAGUUGAAAUUAUCCCUCGGAGCCGUGAAGUGGGCCAGAGCUACGUCACGUCUGUGUUCACGACCAUCUUCGCAAGCCUGUGCGCAUUGAAGAUUGUCGUCAAGCAUCGACCUGACCUCAUUAUUGUGAAUGGUCCGGGCAGCUGUGUGCCGGUUUGCAUGUGUGGCUUGCUCUUGAGGAUGCUGGCGAUAUGCAACGCCAGGAUAACCUUCGUAGAGUCACUGUGUCGAGUUCGUUCUUUGUCCCUCACUGGUAAAAUACUCUAUUGGUUCGCUGACGAUUUCAUUGUCCAGUGGCCGGAUCUCCAAGCUAAGUACAAGAAGAGCAAGUUUCUCGGCCGUAUAGUGUAGCCUAGUCAUGUAAUGGCCGUUUAUCUUAACAAUGGCUUACAGGGCCUUAUGACGAGUUUGGGACUUCCUAGUCCUCGGUCACGCUUUUGCGCCGCCUUUGUCGUCCUCCGUCUCCGAGUCGUCGAUAGGCAGGUCACCCCGCCCUCGGGUCCCAGAUAUAUCGUUGGAGAGCGAUGUUCCGGCGUAAGAGCGAUGUCUCGGAUUAAAUAUAGCUAGACAUCUGGUUCCAGACAUUUUUUAUGAAACAUUUUAUUUUUUUUACUCUGGUGCUACUGUGAGUGAGCGUGUAAUUUCUCUUGGAAAUAAAAUUAGAAUCGUGGAGCGAAAGAAUCUUAUUUCAUUCGUGAAAGAGUAUAUCAUGUACGAUUUCUUUCCUGCCCAUUCGUAUUCAUCCAAUAACUUCAAGCGAUUUGACCUUUGCUGUUCGAUUUUUUUAAAAAACCAAACGAAACCAAUGUAGAAUCUCGUAUUAACAUACGUAAUAAAGAAAUGUGUAGGGUUGUAGGAUCGUAGAUAAUAUCGGAGCUGUGGGGUCGCAGUCAAGUCAUUUUUGGAUUUUUCCCGAGACGCAGAGGUCUGCGCAAAAUAAUGCGUUUCACUGGUUGCGAAAACUUUCUUACUGCUGAUGUAUUUAUAGUUGAAAGGUGUUUUGUUGCAUUAUGUCUAUUGAAAUAAUUGUUGAGAUUUCUUCUGGGAAACUGCAUUAAGUGGAUAUCGUGUUCCCGUACGUAAUUGUACUAAAUUUAUGAUUAUUUAAUAUGCUGGUCUCUUAUUGAGAUCUGUUUUGUUUUCAAUUAAGACAUUAAAACUCGGUACUCAGCUGCUUGUCGUAAGCGUGCACCUGUUUGACGACAUUACUGUGCAUUUGUUUUCAUUAGAACCAGUUCUACCACAUGCUUAUGUCUAAUAAAAGCGGUCACUUAA